AUGCCUGUCACCAGGUCGGAGAAGCUACGAGGUGCCGCCGCCGCGGCUAGCGCCGUCGCCGCAGGGAGAAUUACGUCGCCGCCGGUUCAUGGAGGAAGUACUCCGACGGAAACCACGGAUACUUCAUCAACGCUGACCCCGUAUCCCGCCGGGGGCGCGUCCUCACCGCGCAUCGCCAGGGACCACGCCGCGCCGGCUGUUAGCACCCGGGUUAUGGGAGAGCCCGGCGUGCAUUUGGGAAGAGGGGAACCAGCACCGCGCUCCUACACAGAGGAGAUAACCGCCGACGUCACGAAGCCACACGAAGCACUAAGGGCCCGUAUCGCGGAAGCAGAGAAGAGACGUGCCGCCGCCGCCGCUGCCGCCGCCGCCGCCGCAGCCGCCUCCACGCCCACCGCGGCCAAUGUUGCCGCCGCCUCUGCCGCCGCCGCGACUCCCGCGACUACGUGCAUGAACAAACGCCGCGACUGUCACGAGUGA